CCUCCGCCCUUAUUAGCGCAUGCUCAGUGUCCGCUCCGGAGAAGUCUAAGGCACGUCGGAAAAGUUGGCUGGAAAAGUUUGUCAGGCGGCAGCAUGUCGGGGACAGUGAACGUGUCGGCCAUGAGGAAGAUGGUGCAGCAGCUGCGGCUGGAGGCCAGCAUCAAUAGGGUGAAGGUCUCUCAGGCGGCUGCCGAACUGAAACAAUUCUGUAUGCAGAAUGCACAACACGAUCCCUUACUAACUGGAAUUUCCUCAAGCACAAAUCCUUUCCGACCCCCGAAAGUUUGCUCUUUCCUGUAAAUAGUUUUUUUUUUUUUUUUUUUUUU